GUUGUGGACGUGUCAUUUGUAGACGGUUCGUUGGUGGCGUUGCGCAGGUUCAUUUUUGUAAAAGUCUUGUUGGAGGCUUAUUAUUGAACAAAAGUUGAAUGGUUUCAUGCAAACUAAUCAGUUGAUAAUUUAGUUAGGAUAGUUAAAUCACAGUGAAUCAAAAUGGGAAUUAAAUUUCUCGAAGUUAUAAAACCGUUUUGCAGUAUAUUGCCCGAAAUAGCGAAACCGGAGCGAAAGAUACAAUUCAGAGAAAAAGUAUUAUGGACAGCUAUCACAUUAUUUAUUUUCUUAGUAUGCUGCCAGAUCCCAUUAUUCGGCAUUAUGUCGUCAGAUAGUGCGGAUCCAUUCUACUGGAUCCGUGUGAUCUUGGCUUCAAACAGAGGAACUCUCAUGGAACUCGGUAUCUCGCCCAUCGUCACGUCGGGGCUCAUUAUGCAGCUGCUAGCUGGUGCAAAGAUCAUUGAGGUUGGAGACACUCCCAAAGACAGAGCAUUGUUCAACGGAGCUCAAAAAUUGUUCGGCAUGGUGAUAACCGUGGGACAGGCUAUCGUGUACGUGAUGACGGGCAUGUACGGCGAGCCUAGCGAGAUCGGCGCUGGCGUGUGUCUGCUCAUCAUCAUACAGCUGUUCGUGGCCGGCCUGAUUGUGCUGCUGCUUGAUGAACUGCUCCAGAAAGGAUAUGGUCUGGGGUCUGGAAUCUCACUGUUUAUUGCCACCAACAUUUGUGAAACCAUUGUAUGGAAGGCUUUCUCACCUGCAACCGUCAACACUGGUCGCGGCACAGAAUUCGAAGGCGCGGUCAUAGCCCUAUUCCACCUGCUAGCCACUCGGCCAGACAAAGUCAGAGCACUCCGCGAAGCCUUCUACCGCCAGAAUCUGCCCAACCUCAUGAACCUGCUCGCCACAGUGCUCGUCUUUGCUAUAGUCAUAUACUUCCAGGGCUUCCGAGUGGACCUACCCAUCAAGUCUGCGCGCUACCGCGGCCAGUACUCGUCGUACCCCAUCAAACUGUUCUACACCUCCAACAUACCCAUCAUCCUGCAGUCUGCGCUCGUCUCCAAUCUAUACGUCAUCUCUCAGAUGUUAGCUGUGAAGUUCAGUGGUAACUUCCUUGUGAACCUGCUGGGCGUGUGGGCGGACGUGGGCGGCGGCGGGCCGGCGCGCGCCUACCCCGUGGGCGGCCUGUGCUACUACUUCAGCCCGCCCGAGUCGCUCUCGCACAUUGCGCAGGACCCGGUGCACGCGGUGCUCUACAUCUUCUUCAUGCUGGGCUCCUGCGCCUUCUUCUCCAAGACCUGGAUCGACGUGUCGGGCUCGUCGGCUAAAGAUGUCGCGAAACAGUUGAAAGAGCAACAGAUGGUGAUGCGCGGUCACAGAGACAACUCUAUGAUCCACGAGCUGAACCGGUACAUCCCAACCGCGGCCGCUUUCGGAGGCCUAUGUAUCGGAGCCCUAUCAGUCCUGGCUGACUUCCUCGGCGCCAUCGGCUCAGGCACGGGAAUAUUGCUGGCUGUGACCAUCAUAUACCAGUACUUCGAGAUAUUUGUUAAGGAACAGGCAGAGAUGGGUGGCAUGAGCACGCUACUGUUUUAAUUGUUUUUUUUUUUCACAAGGAACACCCUUUUGGCACUUUUGUCAAAUCAGCUAAUUUUCACAUAAAAAGACCCUCUUGGCAUUUUUGUCAAAACAAAAAGUUACAACACCCCUAUCUCAUAUUCCAGUACUUCGAGAUAUUCAUCAAGGAACAGCUGGAGAUAGGUGGAAUGAGAAUGGAAUUUGAGAUGUCAAGGGACACCUAAAAAACCUGGGAAAACGCCCAUUGAACGCCCAUUAGCUUCGUUUCGAAAACUAAUAAAGAUUAUAUUAUUUUUAUGUACAACCAAUUUUUAUCUACAAUAAAACAUACCAUGAUAUUUCUGCCAAAAGAGAUUUCUUAUGUGAAGAUAGUAUUCAUCAGUAAUAUGUGUACAAGGAUCGAUGCUUGAUAGACAAAUAAAUUAAAAUGGCUCGCCCUAAAUUAUUUUUACUAUAGAGAAUAAUUUUAUUAUGAUUGUUACCGUUUCUUAUGUGAAAUUUUCUAAUUCUUUUCCUUUCUUUAGUUGACAGGUUAUUAAAACAUAACUUUAGUUCAACUAACACAACUUUUUAGAUGUUUCUAAUGGCUAAAAUGAAUUAAUUUUGUUUGGUUGUGAGUUUGUACGAAUCUAAUAGUAGCUAGGGCAGUCAUUUUAAUAUAGAUUAUCUAUACUUGAUAUGUUAUCAUUGUACAGGUUUACGGCAAAAUAUGACUACUCUAAUAGUUUCUCAUGCCUGACGGAACGACCAUGAUGUUAGCUUCACCCUUACUCAAUAUACGGCAUUCAAACCGUGAACGCGCACGAUACGACAAACUCGUACGUAGUAACGGCUAUCCGUGACUUAAAUAGUCCAAAGCACGAUGUAAAAAUGGACUCCUUAAGUCACGGAUGCGUUACGCGGUCAUUUAUUAUUGCAAGACGUGAAUUAGCGUCGUGCAAUAAUUGACUACUUAAGUCACCCGUAAUGUAAUUAAUGUACUAUUAAAUUCACGAUUUUAAUGUCAUAUUUUAAGGGCCCAGGGUCAAAAUGUGAAAAGAAGGUACAGUUGGCGUCAGGAAAAAAGAGCUCUGACCUUGAAUUUCGCAGUGGGUGAUUCAUUGUUUAUUUUGGCGAAUACGAAGUGAGGCGACGGAGUUGGUGUGCGUUUCGCCGCGCGAUUUGUUUGUCAGUCAACCUUUAGUUCGUUUCCCGCGCUGUAGGAAAGUACACUAUGCACACGUAAGUCACUGUCGUCCAGGAGGCCUACCGCCUUAGACUUUCUCAAUCACCUCUGGUACAUAUCACUUACCACCAGGUGAAAUUGCAGUCAAGGGCUGGGCUAACUUGUAUCUGAAUUAAAAACAAGACUGACACUCUCUUGCUAUUAGCUAAAAUGCAUUGUUACAGCAAGAAUACCGUAAAUUCAGCCAAUCACAAUAAAGUAAUGUGAUAAUCAUCACUUCCGUGCUAAGAGGACUGAGCUCUUUUUUUUACGCCAACUAUACCAGUGCAUCGAAUUUGUUUUUUUUUAAUGUAAUACAAUGCUCGUGGUUCCGGCGGGCGCGCGUGAGUGGAGUGCGGGUUAUGUGCUAUUUAUAUGAUAAAUUUUAAUAAUAAAAUAAUUUACCGACAAGU